AUGAUUUCAGCUGUAUCCACAACAGCACAAGACCUUAGUUCGUUUUCUUACGUGCAAAUUGCUGUCGCCGUUGCCGUCUUGUAUGAUCAUGCAUUGACCUUCGGCCGUGAAAUAGACUAUAUAUGGCGGAGGCCGCCUUCAUUAGUGGCCGCCUUGUAUUUGUUGGACCGCUACUUGGGCGAUUCCGUUGUGAUCCUCGGUGUAUAUCUGUGCCUCACUGAGGUUGCUUCGACACAAUCGUACCUCUUGCUGAUGAUGAUCGUUUUUUGCGUUUUUUUCCAGAUGCUUUCGACUUUUCCAGGUCCGAGCUUGGGGUACCCUUCUGUGUUCAUGGCUCACUCAGUCGAGGUCCUCGCUGUCGUUGUAAUUAUCUGGAGGACCAUCGGCCCAACAAGCAAAUUAGUUGUCACUGACGAGCCUUAUCCUGGAAAGCACUUGUGCAGCUUCUCUGGGAUCAACACAAACUUCACCUACUUGUUCAUACCCGUCCUUUGCUUCGAGAUCUUGCUCUUCUUCCUGGCCAUCAAAGUUUCCCUAAACAACAUGAGAGAUAGGAGGGCCACCCCUGGUACCUCCAGCUUGCGAGUGAACUCAUUCAUGAGCAUACUCGUGCGAGACAGCAUCCUAUAUUUCUUCAUAAACCUGGCAAUGUGCGCUAUCGUUAUGGGCCUGUGGCGGAAUGCCGCUGCACUGCACGCAAACAUAUCAAUUCCGUUCAUCAUGCUUGUCGAGACCGUGAUUGGCACCCGUAUGGUGAUUAACUUCAAGGAACACUGUUCUCGCCGGAUGAGCUCGGAACCCAUUAUGGUCACCGGGUCAAUACGCUUCGCAGGAGUCAACACUAGUGAAGACACUGCGCGCCUGGAUUCGAUUCAUGCCCAAUCGAUGAAAGAUGAUGAGACGCGGCCGAUCAAGGACGAUGAAGAAAGUGCUGUUGAGAGUCCUAAGGAGAGUACAGAGAUCAUCGCUUUUGAGGAGAUAUAG